AUGACCACCACCAUCACGCACCACCAUCACUAUAAUCAUGACCAAGCUAUUGAUCUUGAGCCAAAGCUUACCUAUCAGGUUUACUGCCGAGCAGACUACAAAUACGCCCUAACCAUCCGUGAUAACAAGGUGAUUCUCGCCCCAUCCAAUCCCUCCGACCCUCGUCAGCACCGGUACAAGGAACACAAGUUCGGAACCCAGGUUAAGGAUGCAAUAGGCUUACCCAGUUUUGCUCUAGUGAACAAAGCUACCGGAGAAGCCAUCCAAUACGGCAUUGCCCGCGCUCAACCACCGGUACAGUUAGUGAAGUAUGAGGAGGCUAAUAAUGAUGAUUCCAUAUUGUGGAGUGAAGCUUGUAUCAAGGAUGAUGAUGGCGGGUAUAAAGCAAUUAGGAUAGUGAACAACAUUGGCAUGAACAUGGAUAUGCAUUUGGCGGUGGGGUAG